UGUUUUAAACACAAUUCUUAUUGUAUCUUCUCAGCUGCUGUAAUGUGUGAAUUUCCUGCUGAAGGAUCCAUAAAGACAGCAGCUGCUGAUCCUGCUGUUGGUCAGUUGGUGGCGCUGAUGGAGCAAAGAAGGUUUAUUAUUAAGCAGCAUUGAACAUCCACAGAAGAAGAGGAGGCUAGCCUCUGUCUUCUAUCACGUCCUCAGUAGAGAGUUAAAUGUCCGUGAAUCCAGCAGCUGCAUCAUUGAGCAAAAAAAACUGUAGAAGAACAGCGAUGUCUGGACGAGGCAAAGGAGGGAAAGGACUCGGUAAAGGAGGCGCCAAGCGUCACCGUAAAGUUCUCCGGGAUAACAUCCAGGGAAUCACCAAGCCCGCUAUCCGCCGUCUGGCUCGCCGCGGUGGAGUCAAGCGUAUCUCGGGUCUGAUCUACGAGGAGACUCGCGGUGUGUUGAAGGUGUUCCUGGAGAACGUCAUCCGUGAUGCCGUCACCUACACCGAGCACGCCAAGAGGAAGACGGUGACCGCCAUGGAUGUGGUGUACGCUCUGAAGAGGCAGGGCCGCACUCUGUACGGCUUCGGAGGUUAUAAACAGGGACAGAGAAACAUGGCAGAAGAAGCUCCAGCAGCUGCACCGGCUAAAGCCCCGGCCAAAGCCCCGAAGAAGAAGGUGGUCCGGUCCAAGACGGACGGACCCAGUCUCCCGAAGCUGAUCAUCGCCGCUGUGGCCGAGUCCAAGGAGAGGAAGGGGAUCUCACUGGCUGCGAUCAAGAAGGUGCUGGCGGCCAAGAAGGUGGAUGUGGCGAAGUCCAACAAACGCAUCAACACCACCGUCACCAAGAUGGUCACCAAGGGGGUUCUGACCCAGACUAAGGGCACCGGAGCCUCCGGUUCCUUCAAGCUCGCCAAGAAGGAGCCCAAAGUCUCAAAACCGGCCAAGAAGGUGAUCAAGAAGAAGGCUCCCGUUAAAGCCAAGAAACCUGCCGCCGCCGCCAAAGCUAAGAAACCUGCCGCGGCCAAGAAGGCAGCAGCUAAGAAGACAGCGGUCAAGAAGUCCCCGAAGAAGGCAGCAGUCAAGAAAGCUGUCAAGAAGACACCGAAGAAGAGCCCCAAGAAGCCCGCUGCUAAGAAGCCCAAAGCUGCAGCCAAGAAGCCCGCAGCCAAGAAAAGUGCAGCCAAGAAGCCUGCAGCUAAGAAAGCUGCAAAGAAAAAGAUGCCAGAACCAGCAAAGUCCGCCCCGAAGAAGGGCUCCAAGAAAGCGGUGACGAAGAGCGCCGGAAAGGGCGGCAAGAAGAGGAAGAGGAGCAGGAAAGAGAGCUACGCUAUCUACGUGUACAAGGUGCUGAAGCAGGUCCAUCCCGACACCGGCAUCUCGUCCAAGGCCAUGGGCAUCAUGAACUCGUUCGUCAGCGACAUCUUCGAGCGGAUCGCCGGCGAGGCCUCCCGCCUGGCUCACUACAACAAGCGCUCCACCAUCACCUCCAGGGAGAUCCAGACUGCCGUCAGACUGCUGCUGCCCGGUGAGCUGGCCAAGCACGCCGUGUCUGAGGGGACCAAGGCCGUCACCAAGUACACCAGCUCCAAAUGCGGCACCGCUCUGGACCAAUCAGAGCUGCCGUUGCUCCGCCGCUCUCCAUAUAAGCUCGCUGUUGCCGCUCAGUCUCCACUUGUGUUUUACUGUUGGACCAGUGAAGACAGAGGAAGCAGAAUGGCCAGAACCAAGCAGACCGCCCGGAAAUCCACCGGAGGAAAAGCUCCCAGGAAGCAGCUGGCCACCAAGGCUGCCCGCAAGAGCGCCCCGGCCACCGGCGGCGUGAAGAAGCCUCACCGUUACCGUCCCGGUACCGUGGCUCUGAGAGAGAUCCGUCGCUACCAGAAAUCCACGGAGCUGCUGAUCCGCAAGCUGCCCUUCCAGCGCCUCGUCAGAGAGAUCGCUCAGGACUUCAAGACCGACCUGCGCUUCCAGAGCUCCGCUGUCAUGGCUCUGCAGGAGGCCAGCGAGGCUUACCUGGUCGGUCUCUUCGAGGACACCAACCUCGGCAUCAUUGAGCAAAAAAACUGCAGAAGAACAGCGAUGUCUGGACGAGGCAAAGGAGGAAAAGGACUCGGUAAAGGAGGCGCCAAGCGUCAUCGUAAAGUUCUCCGGGAUAACAUCCAGGGAAUCACCAAGCCCGCUAUCCGCCGUCUGGCUCGCCGCGGUGGAGUCAAGCGUAUCUCGGGUCUGAUCUACGAGGAGACUCGCGGUGUGUUGAAGGUGUUCCUGGAGAACGUCAUCCGUGAUGCCGUCACCUACACCGAGCACGCCAAGAGGAAGACGGUGACCGCCAUGGAUGUGGUGUACGCUCUGAAGAGGCAGGGCCGCACUUUGUACGGCUUCGGAGGUUAAAGUCAGCGAUGAUGCAGCAAAACAAAGGUCCUUUUCAGGGCCACA